AUGCUCCGCCUCACUCAUGAUAAUUCUGCUGCUUCAGUCUUUGCACUGCUCAUACCUUCUACAAACCAGAUCUAUAUUAACUGUUUCCAGGGGAGAGAGAGGAGGAGAAAGCUUCUACAGAAACCUAGAAGUUGGAAUCCUUUAACAGAUGCCAUCAAGUUUUGUUGUUCAGAACUGAACGUGGAACGCUCAAGCUUAAAAGCACUUCUAUCCACAUAAGAAGAGAUGGAAGAACCAUGGCCAAAGAAACUUAAAACUGAUAAUCAGUUGAGAUCAACAGAGGAGCAACAGCAGCUGCUGAAAAAACUUUACUAUUUAGAUAAGAAGUCACCAAAGAAACCUCUCAGUUUUCAUGAAGUAUCUUGGGAGUUUGGUCAAAAUGAUUUGGAAUUACAAGAGAGAAAUAGUACAGAUUUUAAAACCAACUUAAGACAAUAUCCACAGUUUAGACCAUGUAUGAAUGCCAAUUUGCAAUCCAGAUUGUUAGGAAAUAUACCAUUCAUUGAAAAAUGGGCUCUUGAAAACAAAUGCUGUAGCAAUUUAAAAUAUUCUAGUUCUGAAUUUAGUGAAAACAAUAAUUCAUUGGUUCCAAAACCAAAACCUUGGACCUUACACGCUAAAAAAAGAGAAAAAUCAAGAAAGAGUGGCAAUUUUUCAAAGGAUAUUGAAUUGCCAACAGUAAAUACAUUUUUUAAUAACGUGGCAGAAAACCUUAUUGCAAGAAUAGAAUCGUUACUUACAGAUAUGCUAGAAUUCCAAAGUAAUGAAAAUUGUACAGGUUGUCAUCAGGUACAUGGAGAACAAAACCAUAUUCCAAAACCAUUAGCAGAUGGUGAAAACAUCAAUGAUAAAACCCCACAUUGCUGUGUAAAUAAUAACUUGAGAAGAAACAAAGUAUAUAAACACAUGUAUAUACCUUGUUCAAGAAAUUGUGGAGUUGUAAGUCCCAAAUUAGUAAAAUGUGCUGCUUUUGAUUAUAGCAUUGCAGUUGAAAAGAAUGACACCUCAAGAUUCAGCCAAAUAAUUCUACUUAAUGCUCAACAAAGGGAAAUAUCUAAUGAUCUCAGUGCCAAAGAAUGUUUUUUAUUUUCCAGAGAUGCUAUACAAGAUGGUACCUUUUCAUUAGUUGGUAAUGAAAAAGAACAAAUGGCAAGACAACUUGUACUUUCUAACAAUCGCAUUUUUCCUGCUAAUAAUUUUCACACUUCUUCAUUAUGGGGGAAAAGGUUAUAUAAACCUACAAUGCACAACUUGAUAGCAAACAUUAGGGUACUGAAUUGUUUGACUUCAGCUCCAAGCAUAUUUGGAAGGUUAGGUAUUAAAAAAUCAAAUAAUCAAAUGGUGGUUACUAUGGAUACAUAUAUACAAAAGAAAAACAAAAAAUUAUUCAAUGAAAAUGUUUUUCCUGUUAAAAAAUUUAAAGCUCAUUUUAUUCUAAGAGCACACAACAAGCAAGCAACUGGGAGAUCCAGAAAUAACCAUUUUAGAAGCAAGAGCAAAUAUGUCCCAGAAUAUGUAGGAACUUGCAGCAGAGCAACGCUGGACAAAAUGAGGAAUGGUAAUUGUGAAGAUUGCCAAGAAAAUCCUUGUCGUUUUGCUGAAAUGAAAGCCAAUUUAAAUCCUUUUGACACAUAUAAAAAAAUUUGCCUCUGUACUGAUUCAGAGGAAGUGGAUGAAAUUUUAUCUGUAGGCAAUGUAAUCUUUAAUACUGAAAAUAAUGAAAAUUAUAGCAAAAGAUGUACCAUUCCUGAUAAGAUAAUUACUUGCCGUGACUCUGAUACAUUGAGUUACAAUUUUGUUCUGCCUGAGUUAUUUACAAAUUACAAUUCUUUGUUGGAGCUAAACAGCAAAAGUAAAAAGCCUCACUUUCCCAAAGACAUAAAUACCAAUAAUCAAAGACCAAAAUGUCCAGUCAACAAAGUGCACUUCCCUAUGUGCCUUAAUUCUGAAAACAUACUUAAAUAUUUCUCAUUUGUUGACCAGUAUUUUACUUCAGCUAUCUCUUGUGAUCCUUCUGUAUAUCAAAAUAUACCAAUUAGUGUCAAAAUGUGGCAUAGUAAGAUUUCCCUGAAUGGAAAAAGAGAAAAACAAAAUGGCUUUGUAUUUGAAAAAUACCAGCCUAUAUGUAGUUCUAGAGUCUUAAAGCAUCCUAAGGUUAAAAAAGCAGAAAAUGUGAACUUUUUGCUUCAGAAAAGUAUUUUACUAAAUAGCACACAUAAUCCAGAGCUAGUGUCUGUGAAACAAAAUGCUGAAGGUGUAAAUAAGAUAGAAAAUGCAACUGUUGGGCAGCUUUACACAAACAAAGGAAAUGAACAUCAGGAUUUAACUGUGUCACAAUUCAGUUAUGAAUGUGGGGAAAGUGCUGAUUCUCAAGACAAUUUAACGGUGACUUCAUGCACAAUGAUACAAGACAAUUUUGAAGAUGCCAUAGAAGAGCAUUUUUCUUCAGAAAUUAAAAAGAGAUAUAAAUUUGAAAUGAAAAAUCAGUUUGAUUUGGUACUGGAAGAGCUUCACAUGUUUAAUGAAAUUAGUAAGGAAAAUGAAAAUACUCUAUUAUGUAGACAAAGAAAUUUUCGUGAGAAAUUUUCUCUUGUAGUAAAUCAUUCUGACAGCAUACUAAAUGAAGACUCCGGAAAUAUUGGUGAAAAUAAAGUAAAUGCAGCCUUUCUCACUACCGGUACUACAAUAAACAAUACUGCUGUAAAUCAUACAACCAUGGUCAAGCAAACUAAGAAUGAACAAAAUUUAAUUAAGAACACAAUGCUAAAAAGUCCUGGAGAGCAAGAAGUACCACAUGACUAUUAUUCUUCAAGUAUAUUAGAUGAAGAAAUGUUCUCUUCACCCUCUCAAGAACAUUGUGAAUUUCAUUGUAAACAACCUUUUCCUUGGUGUUCGGCAUUUGUGUCUCAUACAUUUCUGAAAGAAAGAAGCUACAAUUUAAGAACUGAAACAGGAAAGUGUUUAUUGGAUGGAAUUAUAAGAGUACAGCCUCUUAAAACAUGUCGCGGUCCUUUAAGAGUUGGAUUGUCAAGGAAAGCUAAGCCAAAACAACUUCAUCCAUAUCUGAAAUAG